CAUGGCGCUGGUGAAGAAAACCGACGGUUCGCCGAACAAAGCUUUUUUCGAAUCCCAGGAAACCAUCAACGGGUUAGAUAAUAUCAAGACAUGGUUAGAAAAAAAAGCAAAGAAGUAUAUUACUGGAGAAUCAACUACGAAUAAGAGUCUUAGUUCUCUCCUCCAUCAAUUUAUUCAGUUUCAAGAGGAUAAUUUUGGUAAAAAUGCAUCAAAACCACUCAUGACGAAAUUACCUAUGAAAUAUUGGCUGGAUUUUAAAAGUGGAGGUGCAGCUUGUUGCCUAUUUACGGCUGCUUUCAAGUUUAAGUUUGAUCAGGGCUGGAAGAAGUUCGACUUGGGCACUGCAAGUAAAUUAGAACAAAACACAGAAAUGUUUACAGAGAUGUGGAAUUCCUUGACUGCGGCUGGAUUUUCAACUUCACCGAAAAUAUAUUUCCAUCAGUCAGUCGAAAAGCUCUUAUUACCAAAAUUUAGAGACAUUGUGAAACGUCAUAAAGGAGAAAUUGUUGAUAAAAUGGAAAAUGCUACUCAUAUCAUCCAUGCUAUGCAGACAUCGAAAAGUGAGGGUAAAGAAUUUGUAAGACCUGUAUUCAAAAGGGAAAAUGGAGGAACAAUCAUUCAUUUUUGGAAUCUGCCAGACAGUUAUGACGUAUACUCGGAGCAACGUUUGGAACAAGAAGUUUAUGUCCCUACAGAAUGCAGUCUGUGGGAGGUAUCUGCUGACUGGUUAUUAGAUCUUGACGAGUACAACGAAUGGAUGAAUGAGGAAGAUUACUUGGUCGAUGCCGAAAAAAAAGCGAAAGUGACUAAACUAAGUAUUGAAGAACUUAAUUUUCUUGAUCCUGUUUCACCUGCUCCGAGUUCCAGUUCGACUGCUUCAAAAAAGAGUGGAAAAGGAAAAAGGAAGAGAUCGGUGUCUCCUUCACCCAUGAAGAAGAAAAGAUCAGGACGAAUAGUUGUAAGCGCGGUUGACGCAAAAAAGAAAAAAGGUGUAAAGGAGGAAGAAGAAGAAAUGAUGGAUGAAGGUGAAGAAAAUGUCGAAACUCAAGUUAAAGAAGUUAUCAAUCCAAAGAAAGACGCUAAACCGGACAAAAAUAACACGCUUAUGGAUAUCGGGGAGGAAGAUGAAGAUAAGCAAUCGGAUGAAGGAAGAUCUCGGCCUCCAUCUCCUUCUGAAGAAGAUGACCAAGGACAAACACAACCUAUACAAAUGACAGAUCAAACGCAUCAUAUAAUAAUACCUUCUUAUUCAGCUUGGUUUGAUUACUCAAGUAUCCACUCAAUCGAGAGGAGAGGAUUACCUGAAUUUUUCAAUGGCAAAAAUAAGAGCAAAACGCCUGAAAUAUAUGUGGCUUACAGAAACUUUAUGAUUGAUACAUAUCGAUUGAACCCUAGGGAGUAUCUUACCUUUACUGCUUGUCGAAGAAAUUUAGCUGGCGACGUUUGUUGUAUAAUGAGAGUACACGCAUUUCUGGAGCAAUGGGGAUUGGUGAAUUAUCAAGUAGAUGGAGAUAGCAGAACUCUUGCUAUGGGACCACCAUCCACCCAACAUUUCAAUACUUUGGUGGAUACUCCAUCCGGAUUACAGCCAGUUAAUCCUCCAAAAACAAUACAGGAUUUAAUGUACGGCUGGUUCGGCUAUAAACCAAAGUUCUUACAAAAGAUCAAUACCCCUGGAUGGUACACCUUAUUCUUUUGUCUAGCUUCUAUUUUUCAAUCAACGUUAACAUCAGGAUUACCAGGUUUGACUCUCUCAAGCAUAGAGAAGCGAUUUGGAAUUAGUUCAGCAGCUAGUUCAGCAAUAAUUAUUUCUGUUGAUGUCUCCUCAUUGUUAUGUCUCCUUCUGUUAAGCGUAAUUGCUGCCAGAAUUCAUAGACCUAGGUGGUUGUCCUUUGGUUUAUUUCUUUGUGUUGCUGGAAGUAUUGUUUUUGUCAUACCUCAUUUUAAUUCGCCUACCUAUAAACCCAGUGGAAGUAAUAAUUUAAGUGAUGUUUGUGGUCCUAAAAAUGAGAGUUUGUGCAAUUCCGAUUCAUCUAGUAAUGUUGGAAGUGUAGGAAAGCACAUGGUUGCUUUCAUUAUUGGCAGAAUUUUAGUAGGAGUUGGACAUACUCCUGUUUUGACAAUUGCCUUGUCAUAUCUUGACGAUAUUGUCACAAAAGAGAGAUUCUCGUUUUUAGUCGGUUUCUACUACUCCACAACCGUGUUCGGUCCAGCUUUAGGCUUUGUUGGUGGUGGGUUUCUUCUGAGACUUUUUACAGAUUUUUAUAAAAUUAGUAAAGACGAAAUUCUUAUUCAAAAUAAUGAUACAAGAUGGAUAGGAGCCUGGUGGAUAGGAUAUUUGAUAUGUGGAGGCCUGAUUUUUCUUUGUACCCUCCCACUAACUGGAUAUCCAGCAGAUAUGCCGGGAGCAGCUGAAAUUAGAUCUAAGAGAAUAUCAGAAGCUCACGGAGGAGAAUUACAGAAUAAAGAGACUUGGGGAUUAAAGCAGAUGCCGAAACUAAUUUUAGGCAGGACUCCCAGAUAUAUAAGAGAUAAUCAGAAGAUUAAAUGCUAUCAGUAG